UAUUUGACAGAACCGCAAUUUUUUUUUUUUUUAAGUGGUGACUCAAGGAAUUGAACUGAAGGUAUUCUGGGAAAACCUGGUAUUUAUUGUGAAAGUCAUCUUUGAUCUUGGAAUUAAAAGUAAAGCUGGAAAGGAAUUUACAAACAAGAAAAAGAAGAAGUUUGGAAUUGGACUCACAGGAUCUGGGCUUGGCAAUGCCUCAGCCCAGUGUAAGCGGAAUGGACCCACCUUUUGGGGAUGCCUUUCGAAGCCACACCUUUUCAGAACAGACUCUGAUGAGCACAGAUCUUUUAGCCAACAGUUCUGAUCCAGAUUUCAUGUAUGAGCUGGAUAGAGAGAUGAACUAUCAGCAGAAUCCUAGAGACAACUUCCUUUCUUUGGAAGACUGCAAAGACAUUGAAAAUCUGGAGUCUUUCACAGAUGUCCUGGAUAACGAGGAUGCCUUAACCUCAAACUGGGAACAGUGGGAUACAUAUUGUGAAGACUUGACUAAGUAUACCAAACUAACCAGCUGUGACAUCUGGGGGACAAAAGAAGUGGAUUACCUGGGUCUUGAUGACUUUUCUAGCCCUUAUCAAGAUGAAGAGGUCAUAAGUAAAACUCCAACCUUGGCCCAGCUUAAUAGUGAGGACUCGCAAUCUGUUUCUGAUUCCCUUUAUUAUCCUGAUUCACUCUUCAGUGUCAAACAAAAUCCCUUGCCCCCUUCAUUCCCUAGUAAAAAGAUCACAAGUAGAGCAGCUGCCCCUGUAUGUUCUUCAAAGACACUUCAGGCUGAGGUCCCAUCAUCAGACUGUGUCCAAAAAGCAAGUAAACCUACUUCAAGCACACAGAUCAUGGUGAAGACCAACAUGUAUCACAACGAAAAGGUGAAUUUUCAUGUUGAAUGUAAAGACUAUGUAAAAAAAGCAAAGGUCAAGAUCAACCCUGUGCAACAGGGCCGGCCCUUGCUGAGCCAGGCACACACAGAUGCUGCAAAGGAGAACACCUGCUACUGUGGAGCUGUGGCAAAGAGACAGGAGAAAAGGGGGAUGGAGCCUCAUCAGGGUCAUGGCACUCCUGCUUUGCCUUUCAGAGAAACCCAGGAACUAUUACUUAGUCCUCUGCCCCAGGAUGGUCCUGGGUCAGUUGCCACAGCAGAGAGUGGCAGCCUUUCUGCCAGCAUUUCUGUUUCAGAUUCAUCCCAGAAAAAAGAAGAGCACAAUUAUUCUCUUUUUGUCUCUGACAAUAUGAGAGAACAGCCAACCAAAUGCAGUCCUGAAGAUGAUGAGGAUGAUGAAGAUGAUAUUGAUGAUGAGGACCAUGAUGAAGGGUUUGGCAGUGAGCAUGAGCUUUCUGAAAAUGAAGAGGAAGAAGAAGAGGAAGAGGAUUAUGAGGAUGACAGAGAUGAUGAUAUUAGUGACACGUUCUCUGAACCAGGCUAUGAAAAUGAUUCUGUAGAGGACUUGAAGGAGAUGACUUCUAUAUCUUCUCGGAAGAGAGGGAAAAGAAGGUACUUCUGGGAGUACAGUGAACAACUUACACCAUCACAGCAAGAGAGGAUUCUGAGGCCAUCUGAGUGGAACCGAGACACCUUGCCAAGUAACAUGUACCAGAAAAAUGGCUUACAUCAUGGGAAAUAUGCAGUUAAGAAGUCACGGAGAACUGAUGUGGAAGACCUGACUCCAAACCCUAAAAAACUACUCCAGAUUGGUAAUGAACUACGGAAGCUGAAUAAGGUGAUCAGUGACCUGACUCCAGUUAGUGAGCUUCCCUUAACAGCCCGGCCACGGUCAAGGAAAGAAAAAAAUAAGCUGGCUUCCAGAGCUUGUAGGCUAAAGAAGAAAGCCCAGUAUGAAGCUAAUAAAGUAAAGUUGUGGGGCCUCAACACUGAAUACGACAAUUUAUUGUUUGUAAUCAACUCCAUCAAGCAAGACAUUGUAAACCGAGUUCAGAAUCCAAGAGAGGAAAGAGGACCCAGCAUGGGGCAGAAGCUUGAAAUCCUCAUUAAAGACACACUUGUAGGAGCAGACGAGAGAGGCUGUACGUGUUCGUCGUGUCAAACAAAGUCCCCAGGUCCGGCUGGGCUGGCGACUUGGUUUGCACCGCACCAAGUUUCCCCGAGAAACCCCAUUCGGAGAAGGCCGGCAGGCGCCACGCGAACGCGCUCAAGCUUGGCCAGCGCCGCUCGCCGUAGUCGCGUUUCCAACAUGGCGGCUCCUCAGGAUGUCCACGUCCGGAUCUGUAACCAGGAGAUUGUUAAAUUCGACCUGGAGGUGAAGGCUCUUAUCCAGGAUAUUCGAGAUUGUUCUGGACCCUUAAGCGAACUCACUGAACUGAAUACUAAGGUGAAAGAAAAGUUUCAACAGUUAAGACACAGGAUACAGGACCUUGAGCAGUCAGCAAGGGAGCAAGACAAGGAGUCGGAAAAGCAGCUUCUGCUGCAGGAAGUGGAGAACCACAAAAAGCAGAUGCUCAGCAACCAGACCUCAUGGCGGAAAGCCAAUCUUACCUGCAAAAUGGCCAUCGACAACCUGGAAAAGGCAGAACUUCUGCAAAGAGGAGACUCCUUAAGGCAAAGGAAAACCACCAAAGAGAGUUUGGCCCAGACAUCCAGCACCAUCACAGAGAGCCUCAUGGGGAUCAGCAGGAUGAUGUCACAGCAGGUGCAGCAGAGUGAAGAGGCUGUGCAGACUCUGGUCAGCUCCUCUCGGACACUGCUGGACGCAAACGAAGAGUUUAAGUCCAUGUCGGGGACCAUCCAGCUGGGCCGGAAGCUCAUCACAAAAUACAACCGUCGAGAACUGACAGACAAACUUCUCAUCUUCCUCGCCCUGGCUCUGUUCCUUGCUACGGUCCUCUAUAUUGUGAAAAAGCGCCUCUUUCCGUUUUUGUAAGGGAGAGCUGCCAGCUGUGGCCCUUUGCGCUCCUGCUUCAGGACUGGGGGCUCUCAAGGACAGGCCAUGCUGCCAAACUGGGUGUCCCCUCUCCCUCGGCUUGCUUAGUGAACCCAGUGGAGGGAAGUGCAGCAGCCCAGCCUCCUGCAAGAGGGCUGUGUGGAAUGAAGGAAAGGGAACCUGGAG